GCCGCCGGCUUCGCGGCCGAGGAGCUCGUCAAACGUAUCACUGGAAAAGAUGACCUUGCUGUGGAUGCAUCUGCAAGUGGCAGAGUGAAUUUCUACCCCUGGACAAUAGAUAAUAAAUAUUAUUCUGCAGAUAUUCAUCUCUGUGUGGUACCAAGCACAAUUCUUGUUACAGGAGAGAUUGCUGAAUCUGUACAAGCAUUUGUGGUUUACUUUGACAGCACAAUAAGAUCUGGACUUGAUAGUGUCUCUGAAUGGCUUCCCCUAACAGAGGAGUGGUUACCUGAAGUCAUGAUCCUGGUCUGUGACAGAGUCUCUGAAAAUGGUGUCAAUAGGCAGCAAGCUCAAGAAUGGUGCAUCAAACAUGGCUUUGAACUGGUAGAACUUAGCCCUGAGGAGCUGCCUGAUGAAGAUGAUGAUUUUCCAGAAUCCACAGGAGUGAAACGAAUUGUACAAGCCUUGAAUGCCAACUCCAAUCCGCCGUCGGCAGACAGAGAAGAAUCCCCCUUGGACAGCAGGGAAGAUGCAGCCAGCACAAACGACCUGCAGAUUGACAGCCUUGUAGAUCCCAUGUUAGAUAUGGAUAUUCAAGAACUAGCCAGCCUGACCACAGGAGAAGGCGACCUGGAGAACUUUGAGAGGCUGUUCUCAAAGCUGAAAGAAAUGAAAGAUAAGGCAGCAACGUUGCCUCAUGAGCAGAGGAAACUACAUGCAGAAAAGGUGAGGUCGGAAACUGGCAUUGAGAUUAUUAAAACGGACACCAGUUUUAUGGGGUUUUCCUCUGAGUAG